AUGUUCCGCAUAAGCAACACCUUGGUUGGUGUCCUCAACAUACUAACCAUGUUUCUGGGUCUCGCCGCCUUGGGUGGCUCUGCCUACAUCCACAUCCACGGCGGUGCAAACGGCAACGAUUGCCAGAAGGUGCUGCAGUACCCGCUCUUAUUCGGAGGCCUCUUCGUCUUCGUUAUCUCAAUGCUAGCAAUCGUUGGCUCUCUGUGCCGUGUCAACGCCGCUCUCUACAUUUACCUUCUCGUCGCGUUCUUCUUCAUUGUAGGGCUCAUGUUAUUCACAGUUUUCGCACUUUUCGUCACCAACAAGAAGGUUGGGGAACAGGUAUCUGGGAAAGGGUUUAAGGAGCAUAGGAUUGGGGAUUUCUCUCAUUGGUUGCAGCAUUAUGUGAUUAACGACCAAAGAUGGAGCGAGAUCAAGAGUUGUUUGAUGGAUGCACGUUUGUGUCAGAACCUCGCCGUCCACGGUGGUCGGAACAACAAUGACUCUCUCAUUUUCAAACCGUUGUCUACCACACAGUCUGGGUGCUGUACGCCACCGGAGCGAUGCGGAUUCACAAUGAAGAACACAACAUUCUGGGAAGUUCCAAAAACGGGUCCAACAGUGACCGAUCCUGAUUGCACAACUUGGAAUAACAGUAAAGACAAACUGUGUUACGAUUGCAAUUCAUGUAAAGCAGGAGUGUUGGCUGACAUCAGGAACCAGUGGAGACAUCUCACUAUAUUCAAUGUCUGUGUGCUUAUACUCGUCACCAUUGUUUACGUCUUGGGCUGCUAUGCCAUCAGGAACAAUAAAUUAGACUCCAAGUAUGACGAAUACCAUAGAUACAGAACAUACCCUUGAUUCUGGUUGAGGAUGUCUUAAAUUGUUAAUUACUGUUACUUGUGUAGACAUACCCAGCCACAUGAUUCAUUGG